AUGUGCCUCUUCAGGACAGAACGUGAAGACCAUUACGUGCGCAACUGGGACAACCCGGACCCGCACAGGAGCUACUACUCCGCACACCCGGACGGCGUCAACGCUGUGCAAGCGCGCCUCCCAGAGGAGAGUUUCAGCUCCCGACGACGUAGCCACUCGCGACGGCGCUACAGCGAAAUCGAAUAUGUGCAGGAGCGGCCGCGGAGAAGCACCCAGUAUAUUGAGUAUGACAGGAGGGAAGUUGAGUACGUGCCGCGCAGGGAGCUGGAGUACUACCCGGCGCGACCGCGAAGUAGCACGAGUAGCGUUAGUUUACCUAGGGGCUAUGUGAAAGAGGUUAGACCGAGACGCUGA